AUGACAGGUACUGGUCAACAAUUGCAGAACUGGAAUAUCAGCGAACAAGCUCAGAAAUUUGAUUUCUUAACAACUGCAGAAAAUCUAAAAACUCAGCUUCCAAAUCUAGAUAAAGACAAAAAUGGAUAUAUUUACAAAAUGAAGAGUGAUUUCAGGAUAGAAGACAGCAUACUAGAGGAACUGGAACACAGCUUGACUGUCAGUAGGAAAACUGAAAAAGCUAAAAUCCUGCAGCAGCUGUCAAAAAUAAGACUUCAAAUAAAAAUAAAAAUAAAAAAUAAAAAGAGACUUCAGCAUCAAUUAAAAUACAUGAAACCUGCACCUGUAUUUGUUGACAAGCUCAAAGAGAUGAUGGAAGAAGUUGAAAGAAUCAAUGCUUUUAAAGAGGAACAGACAAAUACUGUUAUGGCAGUGGACCAGCAAGUUAAGUGCCAGUCCCGAAGCAGUUUUAUCACUAGUAGACUUUUAAUUCCUAUCUGUAUGCUAAGUUGUAUCCUUGGAGCAUGUUUUCAUCAGACCAACAGGAAUGUGUAUAGUUUUCAUGAAAAUCUUACCCUCUCCCCUUCCUUCUCCCCCAUUGUUCUCCCACAGUCAAUUAAGAGUUGGAAAGAAAAGCAGCAGCAAGAAAAGCCAAGGAACUUGAAGGAGAAAAAGAAAUCAGAAAGAAUGCUUAAGGAAGAAUCACAAAAGCAUGAAGAAGCUCAGAGGCAAAAAGCAGCAGAAGAAAGAAAAAGACAAGCAGCAAUAGAAGCAUGGAAGGAGCAGAAAGCAGUAGCAUUGGUAAUGGAACAAGCUUCACAACUAAAACUAGAAUAAAAGAAGGAGAAGAAGUAACAAAAAGAAUGCCAAUGCCACAUGAAGUUAGUGUUGGAAAAGUAUACCUUGCUGAAGAAAUAUAAGGAGGAACUGAAGUUUGAAAAGGAGAAGAGAAAGGAGGUGGGAAAAGAGGAAAGGAAGAGAAUUGCUGCAGAAGAAAUUAAUUUUCAACAGAGUGAUCUACAGAAACUGGAGCUAAGGAUUCUACAAAAACAAGCUGAAGAAGAGGAAAAAUGAGAAAAAGAAAAAAGGCUGGCAAACUUAAGAGAGAAGGUUGAGGUUCACGUUAACAAAGACCUAUACAGACUUACCAAGGGCUGGGAGGAGCGCACAAAAGAGGUCACACUACCAGUCUCAAAACCAAUUCUACAUACUCCUCGCAGAGCUGUCCCAGCCUGGAGACAAAGGCUGUACAAGAGCCUGUCGAAGGAUGAGGGUGACCGUCAGCAGUGGAGCGGCCGGCAGCCCUUGGGAGCUGUCACAGAGCUUGAGUGA